UUGGCACGGAAGCAGCAUUUGGAGCACCAUGGCUCAUACAACGCACCUUUCCACUUCGCAGGCGAUCUUCGCGUUCUUGUUGCUGCUGUGUCCGUGCACAGCGUAUUCGGAGUAUGACCCUUCGCAACCACUGGUACUAUCAAGCAAGGCCACAAUCUACCAGCAGACCGGCAACUAUCUCCACAUCGACCCACUACAACUACUGCGCCCAGCCUUCUGCGCACCAUCAUCGUCAACCGUGUCGUCACAUCGCAGUGGCAACUUAAGCGGCUGUCCGAGCGUCAGUCCGUUUAGUUGGCACGGAAGCAGCAUUUGGAGCACCAUGGCUCAUACAACGCACCUUUCCACUUCGCAGGCGAUCUUCGCGUUCUUGUUGCUGCUGUGUCCGUGCACAGCGUAUUCGGAGUAUGACCCUUCGCAACCACUGGUACUAUCAAGCAAGGCCACAAUCUACCAGCAGACCGGCAACUAUCUCCACAUCGACCCACUACAACUACUGCGCCCAGCCUUCUGCGCACCAUCAUCGUCAACCGUGUCGUCACAUCGCAGUGGCAACUUAAGCGGCUGUCCGAGCGUCAGUCCGUUUAGUUGGCACGGAAGCAGCAUUUGGAGCACCAUGGCUCAUACAACGCACCUUUCCACUUCGCAGGUCUGUAAAAACUUUCCGCUUUAUGCUAAGAAAAGUGACGACCCAUUUUUGCUAUUGCUUCCGUGCCAACAAGUGCUCUGUGAAAUUGUCGCAGAUUGUUUCUCUAUGGCGUUGCUGUUAUUGUGCUCAGGUGACGUGGAAACUAAUCCAGGUCCUACUACGCGUACUGAGGCAUUACUCGAGCUGCAGAAUUUGCCAUCAAAUCCUUCUGAGCAGACGGAAGUUCUUUUCCGGCUGUUAAAAGACCUUCAGGCUCGUUCUGUACAAUCUGCUAAGGGUCAGGCCGAGUUGGUUAACGACGUCAAGGCUAUUAAGGUUGGUCAAAAGAACAUCGAGACCAAAAUGGAAUGUAUCCAGAAAAGAUUAGACAACCUUGAAGAAAAAACAAAUGUUCUAGACCAUCUCCAUGAUGAAAUGACUGGCAUUCAGGCGUCGGCUCAAGCCCAAACAACUCGGCUUGACUCUUUACUAAUGCGCGUUGACGAACUUGAGGACAGAUCGCGACGCAACAACCUCAUAUUUCAUGGCAUCCGUGACUCUCGGGAAUCGUGGGAACAGUCCGAAUCACGCAUAAGAGAAGCACUAACCGGUGUAAUCGACAGCCUGCCUGACACGGCAAUCGAACGUGCUCAUCGCAUUAGUCACUACACGCCUAAUAAGUGUCGCCCAAUUGUAGUUAAAUUCACCAACACGAAAAUAAAAGACAAAGUAUUUUCUAUGCGCGCACAGCUGAAAGAAAAGGGUAUUUCUAUCUCCGAAGAUUUUUCGCCCGCCACCCGUCACGUCCGUAAAAAACUAAUUGAGUACGCUAAAAGCCAGCCCCAACCAUGCCCUUUCCAGUUAAGGUACACCAAACUAAUAAUGAAUAAAAAACAGUUCGUCUAUGACCCGGCAACAGACACCGUCAACGAGCAUGCGCCAUAUGAACCACGAGAUAACGGCGGGCAUGCAAAUUCCCAGCACGUGCCCAGUUAGGAAAACGUGAGGGGAUGUGGACGAGAAUCACGAGAAUCAUGCAUCGUAUCUGUGUUCUUUACAAAUAUUCGAAGCGUCAUGAAUAAGCGCACUUCCUUAGAAUCUGCCUUGGAGACUUGCAACGCCGACAUCUUUGUGCUUACCGAAACGUGGCUACAUUCACAGAUUCAAGAUAACGAAAUUCUUCAAACCGCGCACCAUUUUUCACUGUAUCGUUGUGACCGUACAAUGCGUCAGGGAGGCGGCGUGCUCUUAGCGAUUUCUAAAGAUUUCCCAUCUCAGUGUAUUCAUGUCAAUACUGACCUCGAAACGGUUUGGGCCAUCAUUGAAAUCAAUCACCAGAAGAUAAUCAUUGGUGUUUGUUACCGCCCCCCAACUUAUUCAUCUAACUUCGUAAACGAGAUGCAUGAUAUCAUUAAUAUUGUUACAUCUCGUCAUCCUACAUUACCCUUAUAUUUGCUUGGCGAUUUUAAUCUACCGAACAUAAUAUGGAAUACUGAACCUCCAACUUUACACCCUUUUUCUUCAUUAGCCAAUGAGUUCUUAGACAUGUGCUCUGUCUUCUCACUUUCACAACUUGUUACUCAACCCACACGCACUACCGAAUCCGUUGGGAACACACUUGACCUUCUAUUAACAUCGCGGCCUGACCUAGUUUCCGACAUCACCUAUUUACCCGGCUUGAGCGACCAUUCAGCACUUUCGUUUGACUUAAAUAUUUUGCGGCCAAAAACCGGUAAAAAAUUCAAAUCUUUUCGGGACUACGCAAAAGGAAAUUUUGAAGCAAUCAACGCCGAAUUAUCUGCUUUUCUAGACGUAUUUAUAAACAACUUCGACAGCCGUACCGUUCAGACCAACUGGAAUAUGUUUGCUGCAAAAAUUGCGGAACUAACAAACAAAUACAUCCCACUGCGCACCAUUGCAUGUAAUCUAAACGCCCCAUGGUACAACAUCCGUCUCAAGCGCCUGUCUAAUAAAAAGAAACGCCUGCACAAAUUAGCCAAACGUUCACCUAGCGUAAACCACUGGA